AAGAAGUUGUAGAUAGAAUUCAUGAAGUAAACGAAACUGAUAACGAGGAUCAAUGUUCCCGUUCUUCUUCUAAUGCUAGUGAAGUUGAAAUCAAGCAGACUCAGUCAGGAAAAUUCAAAAGAUGUCGAGGAUGAACUCAGAGAAGAAGCUUGGUGCAGGACGUGUGGUGGCUGUGGCCAUUGAGAAUAACAAGACCAGCCAACAUGCUGCCAAGUGGGCAGUCGACAACCUUCUUCCCAAGGAUCAAUGUCUCUUGCUCAUCCAUGUCAGACCAAAAUCAUCCUCAGCGAAUUCCGCCAACGAAGCUGUGGGUGACAACGAAUCCAAGGAACUCUUCGAAUCGUUUAGAGUUUUCUGCAAUAGAAAAAGUAUACAAUGCAGAGAAGUGUUAUUGGAGGACAUGGAUAUAUCUAAGGCAUUAUUGGAAAACAUUUCUGUGAAUUCCAUCGAGUUUCUGGUACUUGGGGCGCCAUCAAGGGGUGGCAUUGUUAGGAGAUUUAGAACAACGGAUGUUCCAAGCUCUGUGUCAAAGGGUGCGCCACCAUUCUGCACAGUGUAUAUAAUUUCUAAAGGAAAAAUCUCGAGUGUGAGAUCUGCUACUGCUCCAUUGGCUCCUAAACCUGCUGCAGCACGUAACCAAUUGCAGCCACAACAGCCACAGCCACUACAACCACAGCCACGCUACCAGCCACUGAUGCGAAACCCUGAAGGACUUUUGGAAUCUCAUCAAACUCGCAACUACCCACCAAGACCUUCACAAGGGAGUGGAACACAUAAGAUGGUGUUGGAUGAUGAUGAUAUCAUAUCACCAUUCACAAGGGCUGGCAAAUCAUACGAGUCUUCAAAACUUCCAGAUUCUGACAUAUCAUUUGUGAGCAGCGGAAGGCCAAGCAUUGAUCGAAUAUUCCCGACAAUGUACGACGAUUUGGACACUGCGAGUGGAAGGCUUUCGGGUGUUUCUGAUUCUGACACCAGAAGCUUCGCUUCUUCAUUGUCCUCGCAAGGAAUUGAUGACUUCUCCUUCUCCUCGCAAUCAAGGUUAUCAGACUGCACGGAUGAUGUUGAAUUCGAGAUGAGGAGGCUGAAGCAGGAACUGAAGCAGACGAUGGAUAUGUACAGCUCGGCCUGCAAAGAAGCUAUGACUGCAAAGCAGAGGGCAAUGGAGCUUCAACGGUGGAAAGCGGAAGAACAGAAGAGAUCGGAAGAUUCGGAAACGGUUGAUGCCUCGGCCAUACAAUUCAUGGAGAUGGAGCAGGAUAGAAUUAGAGCAGAAGCCCUUGAAAAAAUCGCCGCACUGGAAGCACAGAAGAGAAUGACCCAAGUAGAGAGAAGGAGACCGAGUGAAAGCUUUGGACACGGCCCUGCCAUGUACAGAAGGUACACCAUUGAGGAAAUUGAAGAGGCAACAAACAUGUUUUCGGACUCUCUUAAGAUCGGCGAAGGAGGUUAUGGUCCUGUCUACAGGAGUGAACUCGAUUGCACCCAGGUUGCCAUCAAGGUCUUGAAGCCAGAUGCAGCUCAAGGGCGCGAGCAGUUUCAACAGGAAGUAGAAGUGUUGAGUCGCAUAAGGCAUCCGAACAUGGUUCUGUUGCUGGGGGCAUGUCCAGAGUAUGGUUGUCUUGUGUAUGAGUACAUGGCGAAUGGAAGCUUGGAUGAUUGCUUGUUCAGGAGAGGAAGCUCACGUCCUCCUCUUCCAUGGCAGCUAAGGUUCCAAAUUGCCGCAGAGAUAGCAACAGGUCUGCUUUUCCUCCACCAGACAAAACCAGAGCCACUGGUCCACCGUGACCUAAAACCGGGCAACAUUCUCCUUGACCGGAACUACGUGAGCAAGAUCAGUGACGUGGGGUUGGCAAGGCUGGUGCCUCCUUCGGUUGCAGACAGUGUGACACAGUAUCGCAUGACUUCCACUGCCGGAACCUUCUGCUACAUCGACCCGGAGUACCAGCAAACGGGCAUGCUGGGAAUCAAAUCCGACAUAUACUCUCUGGGGAUCAUGCUUCUGCAAUUGGUGACGGCGAGGCCUCCGAUGGGUUUGACUCAUCAUGUUUCGAGAUCCAUCGAGAACGGAACUUUUCCCGAGAUGCUUGACCCAGCUGUUGAGGACUGGCCAGUUGAACAUGCCUUGCAUUUCGCAAAGCUUUCCCUGGGAUGUGCUGAAAUGAGGAGAAAAGAUAGACCUGAUCUUGGAAAAGUUGUCUUGCCUGAGCUCAAUAAGCUCAGGGCAUUUGCUGAAGAUAGCAUGUCGCCUAUGAUGAUGUUUGGACUUCGAACCGGAGGAAGUGGCGGCGGCGGUGGAGGGUAUAUUCCAAGAAACAGUAACCCAUCAUCAUCCACACAUUCUGACACGAGUAAUUUGUCUGGGUUCUCUGGAUACGAAAGCCGCUCAAGCUCAUCAUCACAGGGGAGACUGUAAUCCAAGUGUGUAAAUAUUCAGAUUCACCACAGCAUUUUGGAAGUCCUCAACCCAUGAAAUGAAUAUGAUAUGAGGCAGCAGGAUCAUCAUUCACAACACUCACUCCUGUUUCAUAUCAUAUAUCAUUGACAGCACUCGGAGAAAAUCCUCCGAGAAAAUGUUCCAAUCCUUCAUUCUAUUCCACGCCACAAGUUGAUGCACAGAACAAACACAAUUCAU